GGCCUGGCAUGGCCAGACUGGCCACACUCUCACACUGGCAGAUUAGGUGUGAAAACGCCAAUGGCCACGGCCAGAUGGCCAGAUGGCCUAGUGUGAGUGCACCCUGAUGAAAAGCCAAAACAACCAGUAUAUAGGAAGUAGAACUAUAAAGGAGGCGGGGCAUGGGACUUUGUUUCAAUCAGGUGAGGUUUGGCCCAAUCAGCAGAGGAAGACACGUAACUGACAGCUGAGUGAACUUUGAAUAAGUCAAUAAAACUGUUCCUCGUCCUCACUCUCUCUUUCCAAGUAGGUGAAAGGUUAAAAUAAUCAGGUCAAGACUCCAAUCAAAGGUGACGCUCUGUUUACAUUAUGUUAACUGCAAUUAUUGCAAUACCAUUAUUAUGAGUGAAGUAUGCCUAUAUGUGUAGUAGGAGUAAAACAUCACUUCGUUCUGAAUAUGUGAUUUGAAAAACAUAGCACUUUAAAAUAUAAAUAUGCCUAAUAAAUAUAAUAGCAACAGCAUUGGAAUACAUUCUACUAUCAAAAUACAGUACACAUAUCUAUGUUUCAUACUCACGGUGAUGUGCAAAAAUAUAAACAAUGAUAUGAAUUUUACUGUGCUAAAUAUUUGCUUUAUACAAUCUCUCCCAGUAGGCCCAUUUAAUAUUCAAAUAUGAUCAGUAUAAGGCAGGCUAAGGGCUGGCUGCGUUUACGCGCGCCUUUUUUGUGUGAAUCUGAGUUGAUCAAUAUCGCUUAGCCUAUAUGAUAAAAAAGACACAGAGCGGACAAAAGUCGCCCAAACAUACAACAAAAAAAGAGGAGGAAUAGACGCGGUUGUCUGUUCACUGUAUCACUAGUGUACUCAGUGGCUGACAGGUGUGUCUCUGGUAGACCUAGUGUUUAGCUAGGAGCUUGGCAUCAUACGAUGUCUGAGGUGCAGCUGACAUCACUUUAACAUCCCGGGAAAUCCCCGUUUCCAAUCUAGAAUAGAUAAGAAAUAUGCCUAUAUAUACGUUCAACUAACGUAGAAAUCAUAAGCUGCCAUCUGGGUGAAUUAUCUGUAAUAAUUCAUUUAUUUACCUUUAACUUAUUUAGCUAAAUUUACAUUUUGCUUUAGUUAUUCUUCCUCAGAAUGCACCCUUUUCAUAUUUUUCGAGUAUUUUUAAUAUUUCGAGCUUUGAUAUCGAGCUCUGCAGCAGAUGUAGAGAGCAUCUGUGCUUAUACCCGACUUGCUUCCAACGGUGAAACUCACUACAGUUUCUUGCGGACGGGCCACCACAGCCCUCACCAUCGUUCCGCCGCCGUGCGCCUCUACCACUCCGUGUGGUCCCCAGACCGCGCGCUGCUCCAGUGCUCCUGGGUGGAGGACGCAGCCGUCACAGAAAACUAUCUAUCCCUGUGCCGAGAGAAAACGAAUGAGUUCUUGGAGAACCACAGUGAGCAUUUAAAUAUUAAUGCAUUGUUUGCAUCAAAUCGAUUAUGUGACGACGUGAACGCACCGUUUGUGGUUAAAGAACGCGCAAGCCGAAGCAGAAAGGCAAGAAGCGUUGGCGCGCUGAGCGAAAGAUCCAAGGCGGCGAGCCACCGGCGCGUGAAGCGCGGGUUUAUUGUACCUGGGACGCUCUGGUGCGGGUCUGGCAACAAAGCACUGUCAUAUGCAGAUUUGGGAGCCUUUACGGGGACGGACAGUUGUUGUCGUGAACAUGACCAUUGCCAGGAGACAAUCUUGUCCUUCCAAAACAAAUUCGGCGUCUUCAACACUAAUAUCUUCACCAUGUCUCACUGCGAUUGUGAUAACAGGUUCCACAGUUGCCUAAGGAACGCCAACGACAGCAUAUCCGACGUGGUUGGGAAGGUCUUCUUCAACAUGCUGCAGAUGAACUGCUUUGAGCUCUCCUACACAGUAAUCUGCAUGGAGAGGAACUGGUUCGGCAUGUGUAAAACGACCCAGACAGUGCUCCAGGCAGAAGUCCACCCUCCCGUCGCCUACGAGCCCCACGCCUCCACGUCCCAAGAGACCGCCACUCAGGAGAACGCCACUCAGGAGAACGGCACUCAGAAGACCGCCACUCAGGAGAACGACGAUCAGGAGAACGCCACUCAGGAGAACGCCACUCAGGAGAACGACGAUCAGGAGAACGCCACUCAGGAGAACGACGAUCAGGAGAACGCCACUCUGGAGAACGCCUCUCUGGAGAACGCCACUCUGGAGAACGCUUCUCUGGAGAAUGACAAUCAGGGGAAUGCCACUCUGGAGAAUGCCUCUCUGGAGAACGCCACUCUGGAGAAAGCCACUCUGGAGAACGCCACCCUGGAGAACGCCACUCUGGAGAACGCCACCCUGGAGUACGCCACUCUGGAGAACGCCACUCUGGAGAACGCCACUCUGGAGAACGCCACCCUGGAGAACGCCACUCUGGAGAACGCCACUCUGGAGAACGCCACUCUGGAGAACGCCACCCUGGAGAACGCCACUCUGGAGAACGCCACCCUGGAGAAUGCCACUCUGGAGAACGCCACCCUGGAGAACGCCACUCUGGAGAACGCCGCUCUGGAGAACGCCACCCUGGAGAACGCCACUCAACAGAACGCCACUCAACAGAACGCCACUCAACAGAACGCCACUCAACAGAACGCCACUCAGGAGAACGGUACUCAAGAGAACGCCAUUCUGGAGACCGUGACUCAGGAGAACGCCACUCAAGCGACCCCGACCAGGAGCUCGACGCCGCGCGCUGAUCCCCCGGCGAUGACCUCUGACCUCACCUCUGCUAGCGCCGCGGGCCCCGCCCUCAGUGUCGGUGUCUGGGCCACUCAGAUGGAGAGCAGCGUGUCUCCAUCUCCAGGCCAGGAGCUGUCGUGUGAGGCGUACAGAGAGCUGGACCAGUGCAGCAGAGCCAGGAUCCUUCCCAAGCAGAGGAGAUACGGCCUCCUGAACCCGGACACCAGGACCCUGUACCACUGCAGCUGCACAAAAAGAUUGUUUCAGAUUUUAGCCAAUCAGAGGCGGCUGACAGACGUGGACAAAUUUCUCCUGGACAGAGUUUCCCAAUCCUGCUUCCUGAUACCGGACUGUGGAGCGGGCAAGAUAUGUAAAGCCAUUGUACACCGUCCUGCCCUGCCAACAUUGGACAGGACCAUUCCCGGUGGGGAAAUGGACGAUUGGCGCCACCUACAGGCCGUGAGUCUCCGUGUCAGAACCUACAGGGUUAAACGAAAAAACGGAAAAGCGGUCAGACUCAGUACACUGUGCGAUCGGAUAAUCCGAGCCAAAGUACCAAAAACCCGGAGUGACAGCCCACAUUGAUGGAUUCAUCUUGAUAGAGACACUGCUACAAUCACUUAUACAUAGUUCAUUUUUUGUAUAUAUUAUAUAUAGUAUUUGUUAUAUAUGAAAUAGUGGGUAUACAUUUGUUAUAUUUGUUAAAAAAAUGCUCCUUUGUUUCAAUAAAAUACCUGCACAUACCGUAA